UGUGUCGUCGGCUUUUAUAUCCUCUACUCUAUCAGCGAUAUUGAUUGGGUUUUUUCAUAAAGAAACAGACUUUACAGAAUCCGCCAUGUUUCGAACCGGGAUUCGACGAUGCGGCGCCUUGGCCCGCGUUGCGACUUCAAGCACCAAGCUGCUGAGCGCCCGCGCAGCCUUUCCGGCAUCCUUCUCCGGAGCCGCAUCUGUCUCUCGCUCAGUUGCGCCCCUCAAGAGCUUUGCGCAGUUCAACCGACUCUACAGCGCUGAUGCUGCUGUCGCGGAGGAGAAGACGCCCGAAAAUGCUGCCGUCGGCGAGAUCACGGCGUUCCGGGACCUCGAGGCGAUUGGCGUCCAUCGCAACCUGCUCGACGCAAUCACGCAGGAUAUGCGAUAUGAGUCCAUGACUCCCGUCCAGGCUAAGACGAUUAACCCUGCGCUCAAGGGAACAGACAUUGUUGCUCAAGCCAAAACCGGAACAGGAAAGACGAUUGCCUUCCUGCUCCCUCUCCUCCAACGCAUGAUCGAAGAAGACCCAACACUGGCCACGCGAAAGGCCGCCCGGAGCGCUAGAUCGGACGACAUUCGCGGCAUCGUGCUGUCGCCGACCCGCGAGCUUGCCGAGCAGAUCGCCACCGAGGCGAAGCGACUUUGCAGACGCACCGGCUUGGUCGUGCAGUCUGCCGUCGGCGGCACUCAGAAGUCUGCCAUGCUUCGCCAGACACAGCGCCAGGGAUGCCAUCUCCUGGUGGCCACCCCGGGCCGCUUGAACGACCUCCUCGAGGACCCCAACAGCGGCAUCGACGCCCCUAAGCUGGCAGCGCUGGUGCUGGACGAGGCGGACCGAAUGCUUGAUGUCGGUUUCGAGAAGGAGCUUAACGCUAUCCAGAGCUACCUGCCCAAGGACAAGGUCCGACAGACGAUGCUGGUCUCUGCCACCAUCCCCGAUAAUGUCAUCCAGCUUGCCCGCAAGAUGGUUCGCCCCCACGACUUCGAGUUCGUCCAGACGAUUCCUGAGCACGACACCCUCACCCACGACAGGAUUCCCCAGCACGUCGUCACCGUCUCAAGCUGGGCCAAUGUCUUCCCUUCCCUGUUCGAGCUGGUUGACCGUGAGGUUGCGGCCGCCAAGGAGGACCCUUCCCUGCCCCCUUUCAAGGCCAUCGUCUACUUCAACACAACCUCCAUGGUGGAGCUUGCCGGUGAGCUGGGCUACCAGCGCAGGCAGAGUGGCCAGCUGAGAAUUCCCACAUUCGCCAUCCAGUCUCAGCUCAGCCAGUUCCAGCGAACAAAGGCCGCCGACAUGUUCAGGAACUCCAGGACCGGUAUCCUCUUCUCCUCAGAUGUCACAGCUCGUGGCAUGGACUUCCCCAACGUCACCCAUGUUAUCCAGGUUGAUGCUCCCAGGGAGCGCGAAUCCUACAUCCACAGACUUGGUCGUACCGGUCGACAGGACAAGGGUGGCGAGGGCUGGCUUUUCGUCCCCCCAAUGUCCGCAAACUCUGCUCGCAAGCUGCUGCGGGGUCUUCCCCUGAAGCCCAACAAGACCCUCGAGAGUGCCGAGGUCGAUCUCAACGCGGUGGAGGAGCUUCCCGCGUAUCACGAGGAGACCAAGAACCUCAUCCAGGCCCUUCCCAGGAAGUUGAUGGCUGGCGCAUACACCUCACUAUUUGGUGGCCAGCUCACGGACAGAGAGCAGCUUGUUGAGGACUUGAACGACUGGGCUGUCAAGGGCUGGGGCUGGCCCGAGCCUCCUGCGGUUUCACACAGCUGGGCCAGGAACCAGGGCCUUUUGAACGCCGGACUGAACAUCCAGGACGGCCACAGCGAGCGGAUGCACCGGGAUGAGAGGCGAGGCGACCGCUUCGGCGGAGACCGUCGCGGAGACCGUCGUGGUGGUGGCCGCUUCGAGCGCCGUGCGUCCCAAGAUCCAUUCGCGGAGAUGGGACGCCGUGCACGACGUGAUGGGCCGCCGCAGCAGCGCUCCAGGGGUGGCCGACGAGGCGGAAGCGGAGGCUUCGAGUCCUCAUGGUAA